AUGUCUGCCCGCCUCUUCUACGACACCGACUGCUCCCUCGCCCCGCUCGCCGACAAAAUCGCGCUCAACCUCCGCGACACGCUGCAGGCGGAGAAACUCUCUUCUACCCAAAUUCUCGUCGCCAAUCAGAAGGACGACUACGCUUCUACGGCUGCGCAGGAUGGCUUCGACGUCACGGCUGAUUGGGCCGAGGCGGCGGGCAGGGCGGAUGUGGUCUUUUUACUGGUGCCGGAUCAGGUGCAACCACAGUUGUUCAAUGAGCGCGUUGCGCCGACGUUGAAGAAGACGGCUUGCGUGGUGGUUGCGUCGGGGUAUAAUGUCUUCUACAAGCAUUUGAAUUUCGCGGGGAGUAAUGAUGUGGUGAUGGUUGCGCCUAGGAUGGUUGGAGCAUCCGUUCGCUCGCUCUACAAAUCGGGUCAAGGAUACCCCUGUUUCGUGUCCGUCGAGCAAGACGGCACGGGCAAAGCGUGGGAGGUGGCAUUGGCGAUUUGUCGCGGCGUCGGGGCUACGAAGGGCGGGGCGAUUGAGUCGAGCUGCCGCGAGGAGACGUUGACGGAUCUGUUUGCGGAGCAGGCGAUUUGGCCGACGAUUAUUGCCGUGUUUCGCGAGAGUUACAAGCAGUUGAAGGCGCUGGGGUGUUCGGAUGAGGCGCUGUGUCAUGAGAUGUGGUUGAGUAAGGAGCCGGCGGAGGUGUUUGAGAUGAUGGCGGACAAGGGUUUCAUCUCGCAGCUUGUUGGCCAUUCUACUGUUAGGUGA